AUGUGCCCGAGGAGCCGAACUGAUUUUGGGAUCGCGAUGAUCUGCACCAUUCCUCUCGAGGCUGACGCUGUUGAAGCACUUUUCGAUGAAACCUACGACCGAUUGGGCAAUAUUUACGGUAAACAAUCCGGAGAUGCGAACUCAUAUAUAAAUGGAAGGAUUGGAGAGCAUUAUGUUGUUCUCUGCUACAUGCCAGAAAUGGGAAAAGGAAGCGCUGCAAGUGUGGCUUCGAGCCUCCAAGUCAGCUACACUGGAAUCCAGCUUGCGCUGGUCGUUGGUAUUUGUGAAGGGGCUCCAUAUCCAUCUGACAAUCAAAAUAUCUUUCUCGGCGAUCAAAAGACUGAUAUCAAGAAGAUCGCAGACAGGGAAAUUCAAAACCUCCUAGCAGGCUUGAAGGCUAGCCAAAAUAAUAACAAAUUUAGAGACCAGAUGCUGCAGCAUCUUCUCGCGGUCCAGCAAUCAGAGCCAAGAUGGCAGUGCUGUUGUGUCAAUGGUAACUCGCCUGAUUAUAUUUGUGAAGAGGCACUGGGGGAAUCUUGCAAUGGUCUUGGGUGUGAUGAGAACCGAGUUAGUCGUCGCCGAGGUAGUGCAGACGCAGACAAAGCAUCUGUACACAUUGGAAAAGUCGCAUCUGCCGACACAGUGAUGAAAUCUGGAGAGCAACGUGAUCAAAUUGUCAGAAAAGAGAAAGACAUUGGCUUUGAGAUGGAGGGGGCCAGAGUGUGGGACAAUAUUUUAUGCAUCAUCAUUAAAGGGGUGUGUGACUAUGCGGACAGCCAUAAAAGCAAGACAUGGCAAGCUUAUGCAGCAGCAGCGGGUGCUUCAGCCGCCAAAAAUUUCUUGGAGUAUUGGAGACCUAUUCGCAGAAGUCUUUCAGUAGAGAGACAAUGCCACUGGAUGGUCCCAUUCGGAAGAAAUCUGCAGUUUGUGGGCCGGCAAGACGAGAUCACCAAGCUUGAGGAAUUAAUAAUGAACCAACAUGGACCCACCAAGAUCGCUAUAUCUGGGAUAGGGAGGGUUGGGAAGACUCAAGUGGCGCUUGAGUUGGCUCAUCAUACGAAAGCUAGGGAUGUUGAGUGCUCAAUUUUCUGGAUCCCUUGCACCAGUCCUGAGAGCGUUGAACAAGCCUACAGGAGUAUCGCGCGGAUAGUGGGGAUCCAAGAGAUGAAGCCUGCGGAGGAAAAAGACCAAGUCAAGACUUAUCUCAGCCAAAGGAGGUCUGGGAAGUGGUUGCUUAUUUUCGACAAUGCAGACGAUACGGACAUGUGGAUCAAGGGGAGCAACACUGUGCCAGCAUUAAAGAACCUUCUCCCUCAAAACGACAACUGCCAUAUUAUCUUUACACCUCGCAAUAAAAAGCUAGCAGUGAAACUAGCGUCGCCUUAUGUGAUAUCGAUCUCUGAAUUGGAUAAGAACACUGAGACAGCUAUUGCUCUUCUUAAACUGUUGACUUUUCUCCCUCUGGCCAUUACUCAGGCGGCAUCAUAUAUCAAUGAGAACAAUAUGGGGCUGGCCAACUAUAUCACACUUCUACAGGAACAGGAGACUGAUGUUGUAGAGUUGCUAAGUGAGCAUUUUGAGGAUGAAGGACGAUACAAAGAUAUUCAGAACCCAGUGGCCACCACCUGGUUGAUAUCUUUUCAGCAGAUUCAGCGCUUGGACGACCUAGCAACGGGCUAUCUAUCAUUCAUGGCUUGCAUAAAUCCACGCAAUAUUCCUCAGUCAUUUCUUCCCCAGCCCACAUCUAAGAAGAGGAAAAGUGACGCCAUUGGUCUCCUUAAGGCUUAUUCUUUUAAUGUUGGAAUGUGCCUUGAUAGUGAUGGGAGAUAUAGUGAAGUGGGGCUACUGUCCACAAAUAUUAUGAAAAUACAACAAACAAAAAAUGGCGACAAACAUCUCUCUACUUUGAUCAGCAUGACCUUGGCAGCAUCCACAUAUCGGAACCAGGGACGAUGGAAGGAAGCAGAAGAGCUGGAGGUGCAGGUGAUGGAGACCUGCAAGCGAGUGUUAGGGCCAGAGCAUCCUGAGUGUCUGAACGACAUGGGCAACCUUGCCUAUACCUGGAAGUCCCUAGGAAAAGUCGAGGAUGCCCUAAUUUUGAUAAAAAGUGUUAUAAACUUCGCAGCAACCGGCUCAGUCCUAAUCACCCAGUACCUUAUCUUCCUCCGGGGCCCUAGCCAAUGGCAACAAGUGGACAGAUCCUCACUGAACGAGCCCCCACGAGCGCCUGAUCAACUAGAAAGCCAGAAGCAUAAAGGCCACCAUCUUGUAGGAAUUCCUGCUCCCCAAUAA